AUUUUUGAUCGAGCUUUUCGUUUUUUUUUUCAAUUUGUCAUCCGGAUAAAAAUCGGCAAUGUAAACAUUAUUCCGUCACUGCCACUAAAGUUCUUCAGAAAGAUUUUCAUUUUACCUGACCGAAAUAAUGGAACCGGAUUCACAAAAAUCUGAUCAACAACGAUCAUCGACAUCAUCAUCGAAUAUGAUGAGGUUUAAAAUGUCAAAUUCAAAUUAUCGUCAUCAACAACAACAACAUUAUCAUCAAUAUUUACAACGAAAACUGCCAAUAUUUUCGCAAGUUGUGAUUUAUAAAUCAUCAUCAUUAUUUACAUUUUCAUCAUUCAUCUGGUCAUUAUUAUUAUUAGCAUCGAUAGUAUUAUUAUCAUCAUCGAUUGUUUUUGCCAAUUCAAUUGUUGGUGUUCAUGUUGAACAUUUUCCAACAUUAUCAUCAUCAAAAUUAAGCAAUCCAAGUUCUAUUGUUGAUCAACAACUACAUUCUAAUGAAAUACAUGGGGGUAUUGAUGGUGUUGGUUCACCAGCUGUCAGUAUUAAACCAGAUUUAUUCGGUCUAAUAACCGAAAUAAAUGUUGAAUGUAAUUCAAAUUCAAUUAAUAUUGAAUUGAAUGCACCACAUUUAUUUAAUGGUAUGAUUUAUCCAAAAGGAUUAUCAAAAAAUUCAUCAUGUAUGCAUGAAUAUUAUGAUGUAACAAAUUUUAAUUAUACAUUACCAUUACGUGCUUGUAAUACAAUGUCAAUGGAUGUCGAUGAUGGAAUCGAAUAUUUUAAUACGGUUAUCGUACAACCACAUAGACGUUUAGUUACAAAUCAAGGUCGUGGUUAUCAUAUUCGUUGUCGUUAUCAAACAAAAGAUAAACGUAUUACAAAUGGAUUUAAUUUGACAUUAUCACAAGAAUCGAAAACUGAAACAACAUCAUUAUAUGGUCAAGCACCUGUACCAACAUCAUCGAUGAAAAUCUAUCAUCAAGGAACGCAAAAAGAAAUUAUUGCCGAUAAUGUUAAAAUUGGUGAUCGUUUAACAUUAUCAAUAUCGAUUGAACAACAAGAUAUUUAUGGUAUGAAAAUAACUAAUUGUUUAGUACGUGAUGGUCUUAAUUGGGGUGAACAACCCUUAAUCAAUGAUGAAGGUUGUCCAGUUGAUAAAGAAAUAAUGGGACCAUUUGAUUAUUCAAAAAAUCUAACACGUGCAACAGUAUCAUUUCAUGCACAUAAAUUUCCAUAUACAAGUUCCGUUUAUUAUCAAUGUAAUGUACGUCUUUGUUUAAAAGAUGAAUUGGAUGGCUGUGCUGAUGUGCCACCAAGUUGUGAUCAAAAUGGUCGUAAUUAUCGUAAUAUACCGGGACGACGACAACGUCGUGAUACAUACGAUGCUGUUGUAAUACCGGAUAUGAACCAUCAACAAUAUCAUCGUGCAAUGGCACAACGUAUGCGACAAAUAAAAAUGGAUAAAGAUUUAAGUACAGAAGUAUAUUCCGGUCUUUAUGUUGAUGAAAAUGAAAAUAAUACCCCGGAAUUGGAUGAUGAAGAAAGUGAAACAUCAAUAAAUGGUGGCGAUGGUAAUGGUGAUAGAAGACGUGGACGAAAUAAUCGUCAUAAUGAUCCAAAUGAAUUUUGUAUAUCGAUGCGUAAAUUUGCAAUCGGUGUUGCUUUAGCUAGUUUAUUAUUAAUGUUAGCCGUAUUAUUAUUAGUUAUUUGUAUAUUACAACGACGAAGACGUCGUCAUCAACAUCAACAUCAUCAACGUCUUUAUUCACCAUCAUCAGCAGCUGGUUCAACAAUUGGUUCCGGUUCAGUAUAUUCAUCCGGUCCAUAUACUAAUCGUGCAUAUAUUCGUGAUUAAUUGAUUUUAAUCAAUCAAUUAAUCAAUUUAUUACCACCCACCAAUUCAAGAUAACAAUUAACACAACAUACACAUACACACACUAAAAAAAAUGCCAAAUUCCCUUCAAUGAAGGCAGCUAAUUUGAUUAUUAUUCAUAUAAAAUUGGAACAAAAAAAAUUCUCUCUCAUUUUCUGUGAUCAUUCAUUCAUACAUACCAAUAUAUAGCAUAU